AUGGAGAUGAAGUGCUCCAACUACACGCAGGAUUUGCAUGGCAUGUGUGUGCCUUUAGCAUGUUGCACUGGUGUCCUCACCAGCCUGAAGUGUCCACCAAUGGAGCGCACCGUUGGGGGUUCCAUCCCCGCCACCGAUGAGUUUUUCACGCGUCACCUCCGUAUGGUCAAUGGAGGAACUGGGCCACCCCGCACAGACAACGUCCACGCCACUGUGAGCACAGGAGUGCCUAAAAUGGGCGUGCGGGCCCGGGUGGCGGACUGGCCCCCGAGGAAAGACAUUGCCGGGGUUGUGUGGCACUCGGCUGCAGAGCCUGAGAACUCUGGUGUGCCCUCUGCUGGCAAAAGUCACAUUAGGUUAGGCUCCGUAAUGAGCCCUCAGGACUCGUCGAUGCUGCGUAACAUUCACAACACGUUGAAGAGUCGAGCCCAGGCCAACAACUACAGCCCUGACACCCGGUACCUCGUCCCAGGAGACUACAGAGGCCCUGCCCACAGAAACCCACGGCAGAGGCGCAUCCAUCAGCGCAGCAACAGUGAUAUGACUAUCAGCGAGAUGGAAGGGAGUGGAGACAGCGGCGAGGACUGGGGUCCAGCGUCGGCAGCCAAAUGGUGCCCACUCCAUCGCGAAUACGGGAGCACCUCAUCAAUAGAUCAAUACGGAGCAUCCGGGGAGAGCUUCUUUGAGAUGCUUCGGGCCUAUCAAGGGGACAGCGUGGACCAGCGGAGCUCUGCUCCGGAGAAACUGGAGGACAUGCUGAUUGUCGGGCAGAAGCAGGCCAGCUUUGAUCUUCAGGAGGACGUCGUGGACAGCCAGACUCCGAAAGCCAGAGAUAAGCCCCCAAAGAGAAGAACUAAAUCUGAGACGGGGGGCGAGUCUAUAUUUCGUAAACUCCGGAGCGUGCGGGGUGAGUCCGACUCCCCUAAAGCAGGGUCUGACGCAGAGGACAGCCGGACGGAGGACACGGGACCCCCUUUCAAGCCAUGGCUGUGUCAGAAGAGCUUUGCCCACUACGAUGUUCAAAGCAUGCUGUUUGACCUCCACGAAGUUACUCAGCUGCGGCAGAUUGCAGGCAAGAGGAAAAAUAUCACCACGGGGGCGUCUGCUGCUGCCGUGGCCUCGGCUACCUCCACCCUCUCGUCCACACACAGCUUGCCUUCCAGCUCCCCGGGGGGCAGCCAGGAAGACCUCAGUUCUCGGGACAGUCCUGGUCCGGAUGGGGAGGAUGAACAGAGCAAUGAAAUUCUGCUAAGUUGCCCCUGCUUCCGCAACGAGAUAGGUGCCGAUGGCAACGGGAGGCGCCGAAUGGGAGCAGGUGGGGCAGUGUAUCACGGGCUUGUGGGCGGCUCAGGGCUCCUGAGUGUGGAGGGAAACGUGUACGAGACGUCUGUGAGCACGCACUGCACUAAUGCCGGCGUAGCGGUGCUCGAGGGGCCCAAGGAAGGCCCCAGUACGCUCAGCGAGAAGGGGAAACAAUACAUCGUGGAGCAUGUGGACCUGGGAGCCUACUACUACAGGAAGUUCUUCUACCUGAGGGAGCACUGGAACUAUUUUGGGAUUGACGAGGCACUGGGACCCGUGGCAGUGAGCUUGCGCAGGGAGAAGCUGGAGGAGGACAAGGAGCACGGCCAGCAGUAUAACUACCGUCUCAUCUUCAGAACCAGAGAGCUGACCACUAUCCGAGGUUCUGUCCUGGAGGAUGCCGUGCCUUCCACCUCUAAGCACGGCACCAACCGGGGGCUGUCCAUCAAGGAUGUACUGGAUUACGUGCUGCCUGAGCUGGACCUGUCCUGCCUCCGACUGGGCCUCAACACGCCCAAAGUCACCGAGCAGCUGAUGAAACUGGAUGAACAAGCGCUGAGCUUUCAGGUGAAGGUGGGGGUGAUGUACUGCAGAGCGGGCCAGCGCACCGAGGAGGAGAUGUACAACAACGAGAUGGCCGGUGACGCUCUGGAAGAGUUCCUCCAACUGUUGGGGGAGAAGGUUCGCCUCAAGGGCUUCACCAAGUACAGAGCGCAGCUGGACACCAAAACGGAUUCCACGGGAACUCACUCCCUGUACACGACUUACAAGGACUAUGAGCUCAUGUUCCACGUGUCGACUCUGCUGCCUUACACACCCAAUAACAAACAACAGUUGCUGAGGAAGCGCCACAUAGGGAACGACAUUGUGACUAUCGUGUUCCAGGAGCCCGGCGCUCACCCCUUCACCCCGAAGACCAUUCGCUCUCACUUUCAACAUGUCUUCAUCAUCGUACGGGUGCACGAUCCCUGCUCUGACAACACAUGCUACAGUGUGGCGGUCACUCGUUCCCAGGACGUUCCCUCCUUUGGCCCCCCAAUCCCCAAGGGCGUGACCUUCCCCAAGUCCACUGUCUUCAGGGACUUCCUGUUGGGCAAAGUCAUCAACGCUGAGAACGCGGCCCACAAGUCGGAUAAGUUUGGCGCCAUGGCAACGCGUACACGGCAGGAGUAUCUUCGAGACCUGGCGGAGCGUCAUGUGACCAGUACUCCAGUAGAACCCACUGGGAAGUUCCCCUUCAUCUCUUUGGCGCACAAGCGACGGGAGAAGGUGCGUCCGUACAGUGGGGCGGAGCUGCGGAGCCUGGGGGCCGUCACCUGGCAGGUUCAUGCUGAAGACCAGGUCGCCGGUGCUGAGCGCGAAUGCCUUUUGGCCAUUUCAAAUGACUUCAUCAUCCUGUUGGACCAGGAGGCCAAAGCGGUCGUGUUUAACUGUGCCACACGCGACGUGAUUGGUUGGUCAACGGGGAGCCCCGCCUCCAUGAAGAUCUACUAUGAGCGUGGUGAGAGUGUAUCCCUGCGCUCCAUCAAUAACAACACAGAAGACUUUGGAGAGGUUGUGAAGAGACUGGAGCUGUUGACCAAGGGCUGUCAGACCACAGAGAUGACCCUGCGCCGUAACGCCCUGGGCCAGCUGGGCUUUCAUGUCAACUUUGAGGGCAUUGUUGCCGAGGUGGAGCCCUACGGCUACGCCUGGCAGGCUGGGCUCAGGCAGGGCAGCCGAUUGGUGGAGAUAUGCAAAGUGUCGGUGGCCUCGCUGUCUCACGAGCAGAUGAUCGACCUGCUCCGAACCUCCGUGACUGUCAAGGUGGUCAUCAUCCCUCCACAUGAGGACUCCACACCGCGCAGAGGUUGCUCCGAAAUCUACCACAUGCCGCUGGUGGAUUACAAGAACCACAAGGAGGGCAUGCCCUACGAGUUAAAGUUCCCUUUCCGCCCCACCACCACCAACAACAACAACGCCAAGUGGCCACGCACCUCGUCCAGCCCUCAAACCCGCGCUGCUGGCACAGGGGGAACGCUCAUCAAGGCCCCGCCUUCAGACUUCAGUGACCGCAACUCCGCUGCUAUUCCCCGAAGUGUGUCCAGUGACGGACGACCCCUCAACCCCAAAAGAUGCUCCCCGGGGAACGACAACUACGCUCUGGCCUGCUCCAUCGCGAUGGGCCGUACGAUGCACAACACAGACUCUCCUUCCUACACAGACGCCAUGAGCUCCAACCAGUGGAGGCAGAAGUCUAUGCCUGAUGGGUUUAAUAACAACAGCUGCCAGUCCCCCGUGUCCUCUUUGCGGCAGCUGGCAGGGGAGGGGGUCAAUGGAAUCAAAGCGUGCUCUAGCUCUGGCGUUGAAUGGUCCCGAACUGGAGAGAGGGACAAAACCAGUGCAGACCCCGUGGUUUCCAAAGGCGUGAUUCCUCGGCUCCAGUCAUCAGAGCAGGGCAGCCACCUGUCUCCGAACAAAAGCACCAAGCCGGACGCUCCGUAUUCAGCCAGCCAGUCGAGCAGCAACACGCUCUCCAGCAACGCUUCUAGCUCCGCCCACAGCGACGAGAAGUGGUACGAAGUCGGCUCCCGUUCAGGAGUGCGCAUCGAUCUGGAGCUCAACGGCUACCUUCAGGGCACGUCCACUGACAGCGGCAUCGACGCCACCUCCUUCACUGCCACUCAGAGCAGCACAGCGUCCUCCACUGGUGCCUUCAGGGCCAAGGAAAAACUCCAAAGGCAGGACGACACAGCAGGCGGCCAGAGGGCCACGGACUCUGCGCCCCCAAUGCCAGACUCUGUUGUCGCCAUCGGAGGAAGUGAGAUCCCAGUGACGAGUCCAUCAGCCUUUCCACUCGUACCUGAUAGCCAGAGUGACCCCGCCUCCCACUCCAGCACACUCAGUUCCAGCCACUCGGGGAGUCCCAUGGACCAGGGGGGAGACGAGGCGGCUGCUGCAGCCACCUCCCCUACGUCACCCGGCAGCAAGAGCUUCUACCCUCGCCAAGGAGCCACCUCCAAAUACCUGAUUGGCUGGAGGAAACCUGGCGGGACGGUCAACUCUGUAGACUUUGGCAGCACUCGCAAACGGCACCAGAGCGACGGUCUGCUGGGCGGUCAGCCGCAGCUCAGGGCCAAUCUCCGGGGCUCCCAGUCUCCCCAGCGGCACACCGCCAAGUCCAGCUUGGAAGAGGACUUGAAGAAGCUCAUCACACUUGACAGCCCUCCACCGACAACAAGUGAAGAGAAGCCGUUGUUUCCGGGUCCGCCGCCCACUCGCCGCUCCCUCCACAGAACACUGUCAGAUGAGAGUAUUUACAGCGGGCAGAGGGAGCCGUCGUCCGGUGCACCGCGCGACGCCCCUACUGACCUUCUGUUCAGCUGCGCCACCAUGCCCCGCUCUCCCACCGCUCGCCAUGGGUCAAGCCGGCGAGCAUCACACAAAUCCCUGGGAGACCUGUCGGCCCCAGAGAGCUCGGAGCUGGAGCUGGAGAGGAAGAGGCAGCAGCUGCAGGACGCUGUCCUCAUGCCGCUGCCUGACACCGAGGCAGACGGCCCGCUGGACUGGGCCCACCUGGUGGACGCCGCCAAGGCCUUUGAGGAGCAGAGGCUGGUCUUCCUCGCAGCCCAAGAGGAGAGCUCCAUGGCUGAGAGUGCAGCUGCAGCCAGCAGUCCCCAGCAGGCCGAGCCUCAGGCAGCCCCGCUGAGACAGCCCUCGCCUGGAGAGACUCCGGCCUGCCUGAUGGGACAGGUCAGCCAGCUGGAGUCGAUGGUGAAAGUGCUACAGGAGGACUUGAAGAAAGAGAAAGACGCCAAGGUGUCGCUGCAGACUCAGAUCCAGAACCUGCGAGAGGACAACCAGCGUCUCCUGGAGGAGUCCGACAGCGCCUCAGCCAAGCUCAAGAAGUUCACAGAGUGGGUCUUUAACACCAUCGACAUGAACUGACGCACACAGACGCAGAUGUGCUCGACAUUUGGAGUUUGACCACUAAUCAAGCUGACCUGAAACUCGGUUGUUCAUUGGUGCACACAGACACACACACACCACAGAAUUACUUGUAAAACCUCCCAUCAUGAACAUUCACUCCCGGGCUUUUACAAACCAGUGCCAACAUGGAGUCACACGUCAUCCGUCUUCAUCCGUCUGGAUCGCCAUGAACGACUUUGGGGAGAGAGCAGGGGAACGGCGUGAGCAGAGCAGCGGUGCAUCUGUGCGCCUCCUUAGGAGUUCACAAAUAUGAUGUGUUGUGUUCGCUCUCAUGGACUGUUGGUACCUUUGCAUGUCAGAGACAGCGAGAUGUCGAAACUAACCGAGAGGGAUUUAGUCACUGUCCCCAUUUAUCUCCCCGGCUAACCUCAUUACAAGUGAACAGAUUUCCAAUUACAAAACCCCGACACAAUUUAAAAUGUGUUCCACUCCUGCAAGAGUUGGUGAAAAUAGGCUGCGAUAGAGCUUCACUCUUUCUAAGAAUUAGGUGACAAGUGUGUUGUAAAUUCUCAAUUUUCAAUUAUUAUUUUGUGUAACUAACUAAAAACUAAAAUCUAAAUGAGAUAAUGGGAGAUGCUUUGUGUAAGGUGGGUAGAGCGAGGCCGAGCGACCCUCUGCGUAGCACACGCCUGUAAACACUGUCAGGUCAAGUCCUAUGCACUGAAAUAAGAAGUGUGUCAAAUGUUUAACUUUUAGAGGGUGAAGAGCAAGUAAAACUUGAAAAGAACUACUGGUCAAAAGCUGAUGAAAAGAAAAAAUAUGUAUUUUAAAACCACAGAACAAAAUGUUCAGUUCAGUGUCACCUAUUCAGAUUAUUGUAAAUAUAUGAUGACAUUUAUUUUCUCACCUCUGCCCUCGAUGUAUGUAAAGAGUAUUUAUGACAAAGAUGACGGCCAAGAAAAGAAAAUGUUGUAUGCAGUUAGAGAUCUGCAUGUACUUAUAAUGGCCAGUCACCUAUAUGAGAAAAAAAUAAAUAUAUGUGUAUAUAUAUAUAUAUACAUGUAUAUGUAUAUAUAUAUAUAUAUAUAUAUAGAUAGAUAGAUAUUAACUCCAAACUGAGUUUGAAAAGGAAAAAGCUACGUUUUAAAAUCCCAAAUUGUAAUUCUUAUGUCUUUACAGUUUAUGCGGUGGAUUGAUUGACAGCGCCAUCUAUUGCUGACAACAUGCCCUCCAUCCAGAGCAUGCUUCAAUGCCUCAAUCUGAUCCGUAUUCUCUAUUUUUAAUCGGUACUGUUAGACAUAUGAUUACACAGUAAGAUUGUGUAAAUCCUGAUAUUCCAGCUAGAGUUCUCUGGAGUGCGUCACUCUGCAUGUAAAGCAGACCUGCAAUCGGUCUGUAGAUAACCACAGAAAGUCCUUAUUUAAACCUCAUAACUGUUCCUUUUGUACUCGGACACUGUGCAACUGUAUAUAACAAGAGUUUGAUAUUCAUCCGAAUUUGCACCUUCAUUCUUAUUUUCUAAGAUUAUUUUGUAUGUCUUUGUGCUUUAUUGGCCUCGAUAUAGGGGAGAAUGAAAGGCGCUAUAUGAGAGAUACACAGGGGAGACCUCAGACAGGACAGAACCCAUGAGCCGGACUCAAGACCAAUGAGUCCCAGGCGCCGAGCACAGCAGAUCGCCCCUGCCACCUUCAUUAUGAACAUGUGUGACAGCAUGUGAUCCUUUCCAUUGAGCUGUAAUGUGUAAAAAUGUUUAUAUCUAUUAAAGAUAUUUUGUUGAAUUACA